AAGAUAGGCUUCAAUUCAGAUAAUCGUAUGUGGCCAUCGUGGAAAAGUGUAUACAUCGUCAGCUCGUUCAACAAAUCAGGAAGUUGAUUUAAGCAAUACGUCUCAAAAUGGGCAAAAAGAAGACAAACAUGAGUAAACCGAAACAAAGAUCCAAUAACCAACCGUCGAAGAAUGCCACAAAAAUGAACGAAGAUCCUGAAAACCUUCCAGAUGGAGGAAAUAAAGAUCGGAAAACAGCAUGGUGGAAGUAUAUACGACAUCCAUCAAUGAUCAUAGAUUCAAUCACCAGCAGUAUUAUUUGGAUACAGGUACUUGUGUACCAGAAAUGUGCUAGAAGGAUGCCAUUGUUUCUGAAAAGUAAAGCAGACGACCUAGAUCAACAAGUAAAGAAACUUAAUGCAGUGAUUGCUGAAAACAAAACGGAAAGGACCAACAUUUUGGAAGAUAACAGAAAUCUUAAAGAGAGGAACUCCGAACUUAAUGACAAAAACAACAAGCUAAUGGACAAAAACGAAACAAUUGAAAACGAAAAGAGGGAACUACAAGAACACAAUUUGGAACUCAGAAACGUAAACGACGAACUAAAUAAAAACUUCAAGAAACUUGAAGGAAAGUAUAAACAGUUGAUAGAAACGAAAGAAGCAGUGGAGAUUGAAAACCAGAAGCUAAACGAAUUCAUUCAAGAUCUUUCUAAGAAGGAACAAAAAUUUAAAGCGGUGAACGAAAAUGAGAAAUCGAAGAACACACAAUUAGAAGGUGAGCAAAUGAAACUUCGGAAAGAAAAUGUCGGACAUAUAAAUUGUAACAAGGAACUAACAAAGAAAGUUUCUGACAUGGACCAAGAAAUUAAAAGUCUUGAAGAAACGAUUAACAUACACGUAUCUGAAAUCAAUCAAGCAUCUGACCACAUUCAUUCCCUGGAAAAUAAGAUUGAAUGUAAAGAAAACAAUAUUCAAGAGUUGCGUGGAUACAUCAGUAGUUUGACUGAAGAGAAUAGAGUUCUAGAAGAAGAGAAACAGGACGCUCUUAGAAGAUUAAGUGAGCAAGUGUCAGUCAAACUUCGGGACAAUAACCCUAACAUCGUGGACCUGAGCGACCCGUGUCGUGCGACGAAACUGGCUGUAAUGUUAGGAGAGUUGUUUGAAAACGAAUGGACUAAUGCCUUUAGUGUCCUUGAAGAUGACCUAACAGAGGAACAUGCAAUUAUAGUGCUCCUUGAUACUGUAAUGUUAGCGUAUAACUUUUGUGAACAGACGGUCGACGAACCAUGGAAAACACUAGUGUACUGGUUUCUUGAUGAGAAUCUUCCCGGAGCUCAGCAAACAUCAAAAUGGUUAAAGGACAGCCGAAAAGUCAAUGUUCAGAAAAAAGUGCCUGAAGUCGAUAAGAUUUUCACUGAGAAUGUGAGUAGAGUUUGUGAUGACGAUAAGUUGAAAUCACUUCUGUCCAAUGAAAAUCUUAGUACAUAUUUCACAAAAUGUAUCGAGCUUUGUUUGCUGAUGGUAACAACUGAUCCACCUGUUGUAUUAGUAUGUCCCGGAUGGAACGUCAUUCACAUACAAGAUCUACUGUCAGAAGAACAAGGAAACGAUGACAAGAAACAAGACAUAAAAGAAGACCGAACAAAAAGCGAAUACGUUGCUACUGGCAACGACAAUAAUGUAGUCGACGCUGCUCUAAGUUCAAGAAAUUCACAUGAUACAAGCAAUGCUAGUGAAGAUUCGGAGAAGAAUGCAGAAACAGUUGUAGAGAAUUUGCCAUUUGAUAGUGACCUAUUUGAAGUGUACAAGUAUACUCGUCGUGGUAAAUUUCAAGACUUCAUAGUUUGGCCAGCAAUGCGACUUCACGAGAAUGGUCAAUUGCUAAGCAAAGGUGUAGCACAAGGAUCUAAGAAUAGAAGCAAGAGUCAUACAGCGUGGAGUUGGGUACAUUGUUAAUAGAAUAUAUGCACUGUUUUAAUUCAUUUAUCAUAAAACCUUAUUGAUAUUUGGAUUAUGACUAUGCGUGAAAUAUGAAUAAAUUGAUGUACAAAGAUCUUUUUUAGAUCAUUGUCCAAACUGUCUUAAUCUUUUAAUUUAUUGGAUUAUAUAUUUAUAAUGAUUAAGCUAAUUCAUUAUAAUGAAUAUAAGCAAAAUCAGCUUAACUUUACCUGAUGUAAUGAUAUCUAUUAAAAUACCAAACAAAUAUUUAGUUGAUAAGUGUACAACAGCGAAGAAACAAAAUUAAAGGGACAUUAUGCCACAGAAACGAACAAAUUCUUACUUGCAAAUGUUUAAAUAAUGUUUAAUAGCAUAUAACUUGACGAAAGAAGCGUUGAACUUGAAAUAAUUUGUCAUAAAUGUAGCAAAAUGUAAACAAAUUGGUAUUUGACUCCCAUACAAAAUAAUAAAUGACUUUACUUGUACUUAUUACCAAAAACAACAUAAGAUAAUCCUUUCUUAAAACGUAGUUAUACUUGUAUAUAAAUAAAAAUCCACAAUGCUUGGUAAUAGGAUAUUAUUUAAUUAAUUGUGUAGAAUGGGUUAUUGUCUUCUAGAAAAAAAAUGUGUCGCCUGAAAUAUCUAU